UAGAGCAACAAGUUGUAGCAAAAAUAAAAUAAAAUAUUUCCGAUGAGAGUGUUGAGCAAGCAAAAGCAUCUUGUUCUUUUUGCAGUUGUUUCUAUCAUGCACGACUAAACUACAUGUACAAGAAGAAGAGAAGAUGAGCCGUUCUUUCUGAAGAUAUUAAGGCGGAAGUAGAAGCGGCUAAGUGAGCGUAGAAGUAGAUCUUUUAGCAGUGGUUGUACCAUCGCUAAAAGUGGUGGACCGAAAAGCAGGAUCGCACCAAGAGUUGCAUUAGCGUCGUGGGCCGUGGCGCUGAAGCCGUAUUUGUCACGGCGCUUAAUCCACAGUGAGAAACGUCAACAGUGUAGUUGAACGUGGCCGCAUUUUCAUCAAACAGAACGAAUCACACUACUCCUCACUUCCUACUACUUACUCCGGCCGCAGAGCACGACCAACUACGCUGGUAACCUACUACGCAACUACUACGAGGACCAACGAAGGAGAACAAUGGCACAGGAAGAGGACAUUGCGCUCUUACGCGAAAAGCUGACGGCGCUUCUUCGGCGACUGAAAGUGACAGACGCCGAGGCGGACACCUAUGCUGGAUCGAUUAUAGGUGCAAAGAAAAAGCCGUCGAGGACGUGCCUGCGCGCUGUCGCGAAGUGGUUCUUUAUGGCUGUGCUAGUGUUUCUGGAUCAAUUUGAUUAGGGUUAAGACUCUGCAGCCUGAGGCCUUUGGUGGGAUGGCACCUGCAUGGGUAGAAAAUACAGAAUCAACGCGCGACCCAAGAUGGGUGCAACGCUUAGCACUAUACCUUGCCUGUCAGUUCACUCCUUUCAUAUUAGGGGAGGACUGCAACAACGGCGCAGACCUUUGCGCGAAGCUUGCAGACCGAAUCGAUUCAGAGACCUGGUUGAAGGACACGCCAAACGAGGUGCGCAAGGUUAUCGCGCGCGACGAGGCUGCAGGCAGGUCCUUCCUCGAUAUCGCUGAAGCCCUUGCGCGCGUCGCACUCUACGGCGAGCAGUGCUUCCCAGGCGGAAAAGUAUGGCGUGAUGUAACUUGUUUCCCACUCCCCGCGCAUUAGAAUAAAGCGCAUCGCAGCAGGCGUGACCCUGUGCGCCUACAAGUAAAACAGGGCACACCAAUAGCAUACGCAUUAUAAUCAGGAAAGCUACUUUCGCCCUCACUCUGCUCUAAUCCAAAAUCUUGAGAGGACUAUGGCAAGCGUCAUAGUGCCUGCGUUCCAGCAGUCGACGGGAAAAGGAGGAGGAAAAGAGGGAAAAGAGCAAGCAGUACCACCGCAGGAGAUGGGCAUGAAAGGUGGCAAAGAUAGUAUAGGUUGCACCAAAGACGGAGGAGGGAAGGCCAUUGGCGGUAAAGAUGGAAGUGGAAAAGAUGCCGGUGAGGAGGUGAAACGUGGAGAAGGUGACAAGUCUUUCGAGGAGAUUCUGGCGUCGAAAGGCAUGAAAAUGGGCCCGAAAGGCGAAGUCUGUCGGAUAGAAGGAAAAUUCGGCGCGAAGGAUGGAAAAGGUCCAGCUUUUUCCCUUCUUUCUUUGUGGUUAUCAUCGGCAUCACGAUUAAGUAUCACAAAGAGGGAGCUCGCACUGAGGUGAACAUACCUGCUCGCUUUUUCUGCGCGACUGAUUCUCAAUCACAUCAAACUAACAGGUAAGAAAGACGGCUUCCCGGGUGACGUGCUCCAAACUACUGGAGCAGGGAGCAAAGCUCAUGGCGCUGGCAAAGGCGGAAAGACGGACGGCAAAAAUAUGUAUGGAAAAGAUCACGGCAAAAAAGGCGGAGCGAAAGGAGGUGGAAAAGAUCGGAGCCAGAUCCGUCCCGUGGAUCGGGGGAUAACUUUGGACAGCAAAGACCAGAAACGAAAGGAGCUUCAGCAAGCUCUACUUUUACGGGAGCUCGUCUUUUAUUUUUAACUAGGCCACGACUUGUUUAGUUGUACGCUGCGCAUUGAUAUCCUUGUAGUUGGGUGAAAAAUAGAUUAGAUAUUUAUACUAUAGGUCCUCCAGGAUGAGGUUGAGGAUGAGUGAAUUGACGCUGAUGGAAGCCUCCACCCGCCACAACUACUUACGAAAUAUCCACAACAAGACUUCAACUCUCGAGAACAUCACCUACGAUACUACUACUGAGUUAAACUGUUACCGCAGAUCGAUUUAGCCCUCCCUUCUAAUCUCAAAGUGCCUGUCUGACACGCAGAUGCAGAAGAUCUGGAUCAAAUUCGACGAGGACGGAAGUGGCGGAAAGGAUACUUUGGAGAAUAUCAUUGGACGCAAAGAAGAUAAGGGAAUCUGGGACAUCAUCCGGAGGAGUAUCUUAAGGCGUCUGCUGUUUGUGUUUUUUCAUGGUGCUUGGCGAUCUUUCCGCUGCGCUUCCUUCGAUCUUUUUGAGUCAUUGUUUACCCCUCGUGUAACAAGUUCUUUUUUUGUAUUGUAAGAAAGCCGACGUCGCCGCUGUCAUAAGCAGUAGCUUAAUAGCCUGAAGCUCAAGUACCCGACAGCAGUCAAAUCGGUAUAGAAUUUUAUGUCGCUGCUCCUGUGCGGGUGCCAUCAAUGGGCACCUUCGUAGCGUUUCUAACAUUACCUGAGCAACUCUCGAAGGCUGUCGCCGGAGGUCGACAGGGCCGAACUCAAAAGCUUCGCGAGCCGUGCGUUCUAGAAAUGUGCCAAAAAGUACUGGACAAGUGCGCCAACGCACUCAGCGCCGAACGGUCCGCGCUCUUGAAUACGGCUCAUCUUUUUGAUCAUACUUGUGCUUUUGACAAAAUGGGUAACUGAUAUAUAACUCUUGGCAUAUUUCCUUCUGCUCUAAGAUGAAGACACCACUACAAGCUCAAGAUUGGACUUCGCCUUGGAGGCCGUUUUUUCUAGCAUGCCUCACCUUCGCAGAGAAGCUCCCGCAAAGCUCGGGAGUCUCGGUGGAAAAUAAAAGAACAGACUGCGAAAGAUGGAUCGAAAAGUUUGUCGUUAUGAAAGAAUACGCACUAAGUACUUAGGAGCUGUGUGAGGCUUUUUCUCACUAUUAGUUGAGGGAUAGUCAAGGUCAACAGGGUCUGAGGGCAGCACUCGCUGAAGGGUUGCUCACUAUUAACCACGUAUGCAUCAUAUCUUCUCAACCUUUCUAACAUGAUGCGCGAGCUCUAUCGUCCCAUUGAUCGUGGUAAGUAAGUAUGCUAACCUUGAGACAGACAACAUCGACAUCACUUUUAUUGCUCGACAUGGUCUUCGUCGAGAUGAAUCUAAUGCCGCCCCAGGCGGAGAGUUGUGGGUUGGUACUGGCAACGUCGCGAAGGCGCUGCGCUCCCUCCUUUCUUUCUGUCUCGCGCGUGUAAGCAUUUACACGACAGAGGAGCUGGGCGGUGCCAGCACAGAAAGAGAGCCGAAGGCGAUUGAGUCUUUUUCGAGUGCUUUCAAGGAGCGGAGAAGGAUAUGGCGGAAGGAGGUUGAAGAGAGAGCCGAAAAGCAAAAGGAGCAGAUAGAGCUAGAGGCUGAAGAUACGACGAUGAGAAUGGAGGUUGAAGAUGCAUCUGGAUCUGCUCAAACUCCUGUAGCCGAAGCACUUCCACAAAAGCCUGCCGAUCCUGUAGCGUCUUCGAUGUUAUGGCAGCGUGGUUCUUGAUCUCUUAUAACUCAUUGCGAUGUGCAUAAUCAAUGAAUAUAUUUCUACUGGCACGGAGUCACUAACUACUCCUCUUUGAGCCAGACUCGUGAUUUCUUUCCUUUUUCUGGUUAAGACUAAGUGACAACUUCUCCACUUGAUCUCUAAUCCACCGGAUGUACUACCAAGAGGUGCUAGAAGAUGUUUACGAAGGCGAUGGGCGUCGAGGGCUGUCGGGAUUGGACAGUGGCGAACUCCUCAAAUUUUGUGAUCUUGUUGUAAGGGCCUACUUUGAAGCCGAACACGCAGAGACCAAGCGAAGUGGUGUUUCCUCAAUGACUCGACGAGAACUCCAGCUGCACAAGAAAGGAGAAUUGCAGCGUGAGGCGGUUACAACCUUCGUAGAGGCACUAGAAAGACGACCGCUACGCGCCACCGUGAAGGGUCUGGAGGAGAGAGAACGAAGGAUCUUGCAAGCCAGACUCAGUCUAAGGCUAGUCUCGAAGUAAUCGAAAACUUAAAAAAUAAGCGAGUAGCUACCUGAAAUUAGAGAGGCGCUACACCGUUCCUCUUUCAGUAUCUCGGUUAUUCAAAGUAGUAACUUGCUUAUUUCAGUUUUUCGUAUAGGUGUUUCCUUCGUAAACUUAGUUUUUCACAGGUUCAGACCACGCGUCGUCGUUAUUGUUUUAUACAUCUGUGCGUCUCGUACUCGUCAGACUUCAGUGACAAAUCGAUGCCACUCAUUGGAGCAUUUGAAUUCGAUAAAGCUACUUCUAUAUUCAUUUUUGGUACAGAAUCGCUAUCAUCAUGAUCAGCUUGCUGGAAGAUGCAACGUCUAGUCUUCUUCUUCUAACUCAGGAAUCCAAAUUUCUCCGCGUCCGGGAAGGCCUCGAUACUUUUCGUACCUUUGAAAAGCUGCGCGACUGUGUGGACAAUCGCGCAAAGAUCGACAAAAAACGUAUCGGGGUCAUGCUUUCCUUUGAUAGCUUUGAAGAUGGCAGAGCUUCGUCUGCGGAAGAAGCGACUGCGCUGAUGCCGUUCUGGAUUUUUCGCCUGUUGAACAGCAUGGCGACGCAGCAUCGCCGGUCGCUGCCCGAAGUAGGUGAAAAGAGAGCCCCGCUGGAUGAGACGAUCCGACAAUGGCGAAAACUCUACUUCCGCUCCAGCUUCCACGAGUGGCGUGGAUCUCAAAUCACCCAGCUAGAACGCAGAAUGGCGCUGCUGAACCGAAGUAACAAGCCAAAGCGAUGCUUUGAGGAAAAAUUGAGCAUCUAUAUUACGGAGGGUGUGUACUAGUUCUUCUAAUUAAGUCGACAGCGUAGCUGCGCCUCUUACUUUUUUCAAAGACGGAACUUAAACAUCAUUAAUUUUAAUCAUAUGUUGUGCACAAAAACAAAUCAAUCAAUCGGUCGUUCUGCUUUAUCUGACUGUUGUUCUUGUUCAUACGUCAUAGUUUCUUGGCUGCAGGCAGAUUUCUAUGUAUACUUUCUAAUCUUUGCUAUUGCGAGGACAUUUUCUGCUGUUGUUGCGGUAGUUACGAUGGCACGGGGCUCCCGGAUCGACGUGCCUUAGCCUUAUUGUGCUUUGUCGGUUGGAUGUACUAUGCCCCAGACCUUGCGGAGCAAGUCGACUACGACGUGGAGUGCAAAGAACUGAGUGCCCUCGUUGGAGAGGGAGAAAGCUAUGAUAGUGUUGUGUACGAUCGCAUCUGGAACAUCAUAUCGCUAGAGCUUUGCGCGGAUUCUCCUUCAGAAACUCUUUCGGCCCAGGAUGGCCCAAGCUCACUAGCUGCAGCGGCAAAUCUGCGUGAAUUCUUCAAGGAGUUUCACGGCUUUGAUCGUGAGAGGUCAGAAAUGAUACCAGACACUGAGGACCCGAGGAGGCGACGAGUGGAGGAAGUUGAGCGGACAGACCUGCGGUCGGAACUCCCUACAGCAGCAUCGACUAAUGAUCUGCCGGAUUGCUGGCUUGAUGACGUAUUACAGCUGUACAACUAAAUCGUUGAUGCCUGCUAGUGAUCAUAUUCAUAAAAUACUCGAAAAACGGAACAAAUAACCGAGUUGCUGACUGAAAUAAGGGAGUACAUCGCGAUAAGCUUACAGUACAUUGUGAUAAGCUGUAAAUCGCUAGCAGUGCAUCGUGAUAAGCUUACAUGUAAUAUCAGCAUUUUUUUACUCGUAUCCUUUUCAUUACUGCAAGUAGAUAAUCAGUUGUUGUAGAUUUUUAUAGUAGAACAUUUCGUAAGAGGGAUGUUGGAUGGCAUGGAUUGCAUGGCAUGGCAUGGCAUGCAUUGCAUGAGCCGAGGGGGUCAGUAUACGACCUCCUUAUGGGAGCGACACGGGGGCGAAGACUCAGGGCGCGACAUAGGGGGGCCACCGCGUUGCUGUCUGUUUUGCUUCUUGCGUUUGUCUUUGCGCAGCCCGCCUUCCUCAUCUUCAGCCACCCCCUUCUCAGCGCGGCUGGACACGUAAAUAAUCAGUUGUUGUGGAUUUUUAUAGCACACGAAACUGAGGACUCUUACUAUUUAAUAACUUCUCUCAGUCCCUAUUAACCUCAUGUGCUUUCGCGAUUGAAGUGAUUACGUUGGUACCCAUUCGCACUCAUCAGGCACGGAAAAUCUUCGCAAAGAGAUUGGGGAAAGACGACUUUAAGCCAGAGCAUCACGAGUUUGUCGAGGCGGCGCUUCGCGAAGUUUUCUAUCGCAAUGGAAACCAGAUGAAGUCGCCUGGUCGCCCUGGCGUUCAUAACCAGAAUACAGCGCUUCUUCUUAUGUGUCGUAGUGUCGUGUCUUUCCUUCGUAGUUUUUGAUUUUGGCAUGUUGAGACGCGGUUCAACUUGUAGUGAACGUACAACUGCAUGAUCACUAUGUUGAUCUUUUACCCAUUUGACAUUCAGCAUGAUAAUUGUAGUCGUGAGCCCAUCUUUCGUUUUUAUUACAACGACUGAAUGGUUUCGGUAUUUGGUAACCUGAACUUGAUCACAGGAGGCAUUCUCUUCUUGUUUUCCCUUAUGAUCAAAAUCAGGGUACCAAAUACGAAUACCAAAACAAUACAACGACAGUGACCUCUAUUGUUUUGUUCGCAAAGUCAACCUCUAUCGCUCACUGCUGUCUUAGUCUACUUCCCUUCCUGUACCAUUUUCAUUCACCUUGGUCCUUGGUGGCACAUUGGGACUGCGAAGCGCAAAAGUGGACUGAAAGUCACCAAAGCUACAGAGGAAAUGCCGAAUUUGUAUACGAUUUUAGGUCUCGUGCGGCCACAGGAGUGCGAUAACAUUAACGUCAUUGUCAAUUUCGGCAUCAAGACGAAAGUCCAUGUUGACGGCCUCAACAAGCAGGAGAGCUGGAUAGUCAGCUACGGCAAGUAUAAACUGGGCUUACUUUUGGUUUUGCGACUACAACUUAGAAGAAUGCGCAUAGGAGUCAGUAGGACGCAAACAAGACCUUGGUGUCGUUUUUUUAGACGAGAAGACAUUUGCUGUUGCUCUUUCAGUCUCGAUUCGUCUGGGCGUUUUUUUACCUUAAUCGAUUAUCAGUUGCAAGCACCACCACCACAUUUACUUAAAUACUUGACCACUCAAUCUUCAAUCGACUUUCUUCAUCGGCUUACUCCCGCCUCAUCUACUAAGUAAGUGUAAAUAAUACCCUCUCGUCUCACCCACAUCCACCAGUUUUGACUUUUCCGAGCAUAAGCGUGGAGACCUGUGGAUCCGGUCAACUGCUCAUGGCGAUCAGGAUCGAAAACAUAGAAUGAUAUGCCCAGAGAACAAGAAACUUUAUGGCGAUGACUAAAACUACUUCGGUCAUGAUCGCUAUCAGAACUAAUCUCUACGGGCACUACUAACAGUACUGUCAUCAGGGAUCCACACGGGUAGGUCUGAAAACUUCAUGAUCAUGAGCAUCUUGGCUAACUUUAGACUUCGUCGUCCUCUUAUUGUUGAGCACCAUUCAAUUUCAACUCCCCUUCUAAUCCGCACAAGCGCUGAAAUACAAGGCAGGUGAGGAAUUACCUGGAAAGGUUGUGAAUAUCAAACGCACGUGGUUUCGAUUUGAUGCGCGAGAGGUUCACAGCACACUGGGAACAAAGGCAGGGAAGUACACCGACAUAGAGUUAAGCGCUUGAGAGUCACGACACUAAGCCCUAGCUCUACUUCACUGAAAUGCCCCAUUGAAUGAGGGACUAUUUAAUUUUCAAUCGAACUACAGGUGGAGGUACUAGUUGACUCACCAAUUGAGCCACUGUCGUGCAGCCUCUAAUCUGUACCGCAGAGGAACGCGACGAUCGACGUUGUUGCUUGAUCUAUUUUUCUCACCAAAGGUCGCGAAAGGUGAUGAAGGAGAUGGUGGGCAACCGCCAGGAUAACGAGGAAGAUCUCGAACAUGGGACAGAUCGAAUAGAAGCGGAGAAAACUAAGGUCUUCAUGAAGGAUAAGGGGUGGAUUGAUGAAAGGUGGUAAGGUGUUAUCGAGCACCUAGUAGUUUCUGCCGUAGUCGAUUAUUCUUUGAAAAGUCUUCUGAGUUUGUAUUUGUCCAAUGACAUGUUCAUCAGCAAGAUCAACGUCAAGAACGUCAAUGUUGUUUCUAGUAGUAGUUUAUUAUGCAACUACUUGUUGUAGUUGUUCUAGUCAUUAUGAUUAUUCAAAUACCGAUCUUAUUCUAUCAAAAUCAAGAAAAAGCAUUAUCGGCCCCUGCUAUGUGGCACCAGUCGUGGAUGUACUUGUAUGAAUCCUCAUAAAGAAAUAGUGAAAGGCUCUGAUAAACGCGUGUCGCCACUUCUUAUAUCUACUUCAUAUUUAUAAUCUCAUAGCACAUUCUCCGUCUCCCCGCUGUGCUCGUUCUGAUUAUUUAUUUUCCUUGUGCACGGCUAGUUCUCUGUCUUUGAUUAAUCACCGUCUAGAAGUUCACACACUAUUUCAUAGCACCUUCAUCAUUCUUCUUAUUUCAUAGCUUCUCCUCAUGAUUGUUCGCAUUUUUCGUUGCAUAAGAUUUGGCCUAGUCCCUGUUCCGUCAACACAAUUUCUUGGGUCCGCCCUGUCCCAUUCCUCGAUCUUCAUUGUGUCUACCACUUAUACUUUUGCAAACAAAU